AUGGCACCCCCUGUCCCUCCCCGCGGUGUGUACGCCCCCGUUGUGGCUUUUUUCCACGAGGACGAGACUCUAGAUCUCGAAGCGCUCAAGGCUCAUGUUACACGUCUUGCCAAGUCUGGAGUGGCCGGACUGGUGAUUCAAGGCUCCAACGGCGAAGCUCCUCACUUGCUGCAUUCAGAGCGGCAGGCGGUCAUCGCGACAGCUCUGGAAACGCUUAAACAAUACGGAAAGCCUGGGAGCGUUAUCAUCGCUGGCUGCGGAGCUCAGAGCACUCGAGAAACCCUCCAGCUUUGUCGGGAAGCCCAGGAAGCUGGUGCACACUACGCUCUCGUGUUGAGCCCGAGUUACUGGGUCGGAGCAAUGCAGCAGCCGACCAUUAAGAAAUUCUUCAAUGAUGUCGCAGCUGAGUCGCCCAUACCAGUUCUGAUCUAUAAUUUCCCGGGGGUCACGUCUGGAAUUGAUAUUGACUCGGACAUGAUUGCGGAUCUUGCAGCUACCAACCCGGGAAAGAUUGUGGGAUGCAAACUCACCUGCGGAAAUCUUGGAAAGCUACACCGUGUAGCCCAUGAUAAAAGAAUCGUGGGACCAUUUGCAGCCUUUGCUGGAAAAUCAGACUUUUUCCUGCAUGGGUUGGUCGGAGGAUCCAAUGGCGUUAUCGCAGCCGCUGCCAAUCUAGUGCCCAAGGUUCACGUGAAGCUAUUGGAACUCUAUGAUCAAGGCAAACUUGCAGAGGCCCAGGAGCUUCAAACUUAUCUUAGCGAGGCCGACUGGGUUUUGGUGAGGUUAGGUGUUUCCGGUCUGAAAGGCGCUCUCGAUAAAUACUACGGUUAUGGUGGUGGCAGGAGUAGGCGGCCGCUAGGGUCUGUACAGGCCAGCGCAUUUGACGGCGAGAAGGGUGAUGUUCUUAAGCGUAUUGUGGAAUAUGAAAAUUCCCUGUGA